AUGUCUAUCUUAUUAUCCCGUGUAAUUCGUGCUUUAGAAAACAUAGCACCUCUGUCACUUGCAGAAUCAUCUUGGGAUAACGUUGGCCUACUUGUUGAACCUCCAUAUCCGCGCCCAGAUUCCUCUCGAGUAUUUUUAACAAUCGAUCUAACCUCAUCAGUACUAGAGGAGGCUUUAGCAGACCCAAAAGUCGGUGUAAUAGUAGCAUACCAUCCACCAAUUUUCCGGUCUUUCAAACGAUUGAAUUUGAGUGAUGUUAAACAGGCUAUAAUAUUGAAAUGUGUGGCGAAAGGAAUUGGAGUGUUUAGUCCGCAUACUGCCGUGGAUUCUUGUGUUGGUGGUGUGAAUGAUUGGUUAUCAAAAGCACUUGGAACUGGAACUUCUAAGCCUAUAACUUUGGCUGAAAAUCCACCUCCAGGUCACGAAACAGCUGGGUCUGGAAGACUGUUUACAUUAGCACAGCCUGCUCCUCUUUCGACAAUUAUAGAGCGAGUUAAACGACAUCUGAAUCUUCAGUAUGUUAGAGUAGCUACGGCUGAACGUCAUAGUUCAACCUUUAAUAAAUUGAUUUCGACUGUUGGAAUUUGUGCAGGAUCUGCAGACUUAUAUUUCACCGGAGAAAUGUCACAUCACGAUGUACUUUCUGCAUUGAGUAAAAACACUAGUGUCAUCUUAUGUGAACACUCAAACACCGAAAGAGGAUAUCUUUCUGAAGCGCUUAAACCUUAUCUUGAGAAAUUAUUACAAAAUGAUGGAGAAACUGAGGCU